GCCCCGAGCCAAGAUGGCGGCGGCCGCGCGCGCGCUGCGGGUCCUUUCCCGUGUCCCCAGCGCCACCCGGCAGCUCCACACCACCCCCGCCUGCCUCAAGACGCGGGCGGCGCGGGUGCGUGUGGGCAAGGGGGACAAGUUGGUGACGUACGAGCAGGCCCACGCGCCACACCACAUCGGGCACCGCAAGGGCUGGCUGUCCCUGCACACCGGGAACCUGUGUGGCGAGGCGGGCGCGGCGCAGCGGGCGGUGGAGGACGCGUUCCUGCGGCGGUUCCUGUACGGGACCUUCCCGGGGCUGCUGGCGGACGAGGUGGUGCUGAAGCGCCGCGGGAACCUGCUGGUGAUCUGUGCCCUGCUGGGCCGGGCACUGCCACCCCACAAACUCUACUUCCUGCUGGGCUACACCGAGACCCUGCUCAGCCACUUCUACAAGUGCCCCGUGCGCCUGGAGCUGCAGACCGUGCCCGCCCGCGUGCCCUACAAGUACCUGUAGGGCCGGGAAUGAACCUAUAGGUGUCCCCAUGGAAUGGUCUGUGCCCUACAAGUACCUGUAGGGCCGGGAAUGAACCUAUAGGUGUCCCCAUGGAAUGGUCUGUGCCCUACAAGUACCUGUAGGGCCGGGAAUGAACCUAUAGGUGUCCCCAUGGAAUGGUCUGUGCCCUACAAGUACCUGUAGGGCCGGGAAUGAACCUAUAGGUGUCCCCAUGGAAUGGUCUGUGCCCUACAAGUACCUGUAGGGCCGGGAAUGAACCUAUAGGUGUCCCCAUGGAAUGGUCUGUGCCCUACAAGUACCUGUAGGGCCGGGAAUGAACCUAUAGGUGUCCCCAUGGAAUGGUCUGUGCCCUACAAGUACCUGUAGGGCCGGGAAUGAACCUAUAGGUGUCCCCAUGGAAUGGUCUGUGCCCUACAAGUACCUGUAGGGCCGGGAAUGAACCUAUAGGUGUCCCCAUGGAAUGGUCUGUGCCCUACAAGUACCUGUAGGGCCGGGAAUGAACCUAUAGGUGUCCCCAUGGAAUGGUCUGUGCCCUACAAGUACCUGUAGGGCCGGGAAUGAACCUAUAGGUGUCCCCAUGGAAUGGUCUGUGCCCUACAAGUACCUGUAGGGCCGGGAAUGAACCUAUAGGUGUCCCCAUGGAAUGGUCUGUGCCCUACAAGUACCUGUAGGGCCGGGAAUGAACCUAUAGGUGUCCCCAUGGAAUGGUCUGUGCCCUACAAGUACCUGUAGGGCCGGGAAUGAACCUAUAGGUGUCCCCAUGGAAUGGUCUGUGCCCUACAAGUACCUGUAGGGCCGGGAAUGAACCUAUAGGUGUCCCCAUGGAAUGGUCUGUGCCCUACAAGUACCUGUAGGGCCGGGAAUGAACCUAUAGGUGUCCCCAUGGAAUGGUCUGUGCCCUACAAGUACCUGUAGGGCCGGGAAUGAACCUAUAGGUGUCCCCAUGGAAUGGUCUGUGCCCUACAAGUACCUGUAGGGCC